AGUCAUAGCAGCAGUUCAAUCUGCUUGCCUGGCUUCAGCUCGGAGAAUAUCCUCACUCAGGACAUCCGCUACCACUGCCAAAUGUCCCAGGACAUGAAACACGUGUCUGUGCUUCUCCUCCUCCUGAUGUGCCGGGACCUAUGCGUGGCGGUGCGCUCUGUGCCCGUCUGUGCCCGCGGGCACGCGGGGUGCCAGCCCGUGUCGCUCGUGGAGCUUCUCGACAGGGUGAUCCAGCACUCCGCCCGGAUACACGGCCUCUCCAGCGACCUGCACUCGGAGUUUGAACAAAACCUUCUCACCAGCAGAAAUCAGAUCGGCAGAGCCAAUCGGAGAUGUCACACUUCCCACAUCCUGACUCCUGCUGGGAAAGAGAAUGUUCAGAGUCUGGCUAGGGAGGAGCUGACGGGGGUGAUCCUGAAGCUGCUGCUCGCCUGGAGAGAGCCGCUGUCGCAGUUCCACCGGAACGCCGCGCACCGCGAGGACUCCAGCGGCCUGGCGCGGGCGAUGAGCAACAUGGCGCACAAGCUGAGGGGCGGGGUGGAGAAGGUGGCGGAAAAGAUGCAGCUCCUGGGCAUGUUUAGUAACUCUCUGGGUGGCCCCCCCUCGGCAGGAGACCCACAGCCCCCCUCGUCGAACGGAGAGACUGGUCCCAUGAGCGACUACGAGCUCCUGCUCUGCUUCCGUAGGGAUUUCGAUAAAGUGCACAGUUUCCUGAGAAUCCUGAAGUGCAGGAUGUUCCCUGAACACGGAUGCUAAGCCUACGAGCAAGGACUGAGAAUGGACUUAAAGGCAUACUGUGCAGGAUUUGUACCUUGAAAAUAUUCCAAAAUAAUCACAUCUAUGAUGCUCUGGCAAUUUUUGCCUUUUUAUGCACUUUUGUCAAAUUUGCACCUUUACUUGUAUUUGUUAUUAUAAAAUGUGUUCAUGAAGUUUCUGGGCAUGGUGCUCUUUUCUGUGUGGGGAGAGGUGCUCUGUUCUGUUCUGAGGGACAUCUUGGAAGAAAUUCAGACAAACCGUUAGACGAAAAGUGUGGGUUUGUUUCAGUGGAAGCUGUGUUGUGACACAAAAUAAUGAAAUCAAAAUUAUAUCAAAAUUGUUUUUUGUAUAGUAUGAUGUGUACUGUGGUCUUCAGUUCUUUUAAAAGAUAUUUAGCAGAAUUUCUACCAAAAAUAGUGUAUGCAAGUGUCUGAAUUGAAGAACUUUGCAUAAUUCUUGGGUAAGAGAGAAGCCCGCAUUUUUAUUUAUAAAUGAACAAUUUACAAAUAAAGUCAUUAUUCAGCAAAUAUA